AUGCUGGGCUCGUUCAUCCCCACCCGCUGGCGCCGCAACUACGACAUCACCGACCCUGAAAAGCCCGGCUUCUACAAUCGCCAUCUGACUCCCUAUCUGCAGGCCGUCUCGCAUAAAGCCUGCACCCACCCCAUCCACACCAUAGCAUUCGUGGCCAUUCUCGGCAGCGCCUUCUAUGUCAACUUGCUUGAGUCGGGCUUCUUCGCUCCUGAUCCGGCUACGCUUGCGAACAAGGUUGACUUUGGGGUGCUCAGUGCUGGGAGCAGGAGAUUGUUCUUAGGAGAGGAGACGGGAUGGAAGUGGCAUUUCGAGGAGAAUGGUGCGACGGAUAGCAGGAGUGUGGUCAGUGCCGAGGAAUUGGCGAUCUUGACAUUGGCUUUCCCGGAGACGUAUGGGACACCCAACACUGCUCCAAUCGCUCAGAAUGUGCCCCUGCCACACUCGAGCUCGGCAGAGCUGUUACCGAGCAGUGCGAACAUCCUUGGUCCAUUAUCCUCGGACGUCACCUUGGCAUUCUCCAUGCCGUACACAGAAGUUCCGCGAUUCCUGGACACGGCCAAGGACAUGCCUGCUUCGAGCAAUGGUAUGGCACAAGCUGAGAACGAGACGGACGAUGAGCCAGAACAGGCGCGAUGGACGAUGAAGAAUGGCAAGAGGAGUGGACGGUCAGGGAACAUGUUCGACUGGGCCAAGGACUCCUGGACUGCUUUCGUUGACUUGCUCAAGAAUGCUGAGACGCUGGACAUCAUUAUUAUGUCUCUGGGUUAUUUCAUGAUGUACUUGACGUUCAUCUCACUCUUCCUGAGCAUGCGACGCAUGGGCUCUAAUUUCUGGCUUGGGACAACCGUGCUUUUCUCCUCGGCCUUUGCGUUCUUGUUUGGGAUUGUGGUCACGAUGAAGCUUGGUGUGCCGGAGAAUGUGGUACUGCUUUCCGAGGGCGUGCCGUUCUUGGUCGUCACGGUUGGGUUUGAGAAGCCGAUCGUGCUUACGCAGGCGGUGCUUAGUGCGGCACUGCAGGCGAAGAAGCCAAAUGGGCAGGGCAAUGGAGAUGCGCCACUCACUAUUCAGAAUGCAGUGGGCAUUGCGGUACGGGAACGAGGCUUCGAGAUCGUGCGGGACUACUUGGUGGAGAUCGCCAUACUCUGCGCUGGAGCAGCAUCAGGAAUCCAAGGAGGUCUGAGACAAUUCUGCUUCUUGGCCGCGUGGACUCUAUUCUUCGACUGCAUCCUGCUCUUCACGUUCUACACUUCCAUCUUAACCAUCAAGCUUGAAAUCAAUCGCAUUAAGCGCCAUGUCACACUCCGCAAAGCACUAGAGGAAGAUGGUGUCAGCCGUCGUGUCGCCGAGAAUGUCGCCUCCAGCAACGAGUGGCCAAAGGAUGAAAGUUUCCAGAGUAAGGAUACCUACAGCAUCUUUGGUCGCAAGAUCCGGGAUAGCAGUAUUCCUCGCUUCAAGGUUCUCAUGGUCACUGGAUUCAUUCUGAUUAACGUACUAAAUCUCUGUACCAUGCCAUUUCGAGGUACACGGAACAAUUCACCUGUCACUACUGCUGGUCUUUCGAGUGUGGUCACUCAACCGCCGAUGGAUCCUUUCAAGGUUGCGGGUAAUGGUCUCGACUACAUCUUCACCAAUGCCAAGCGCAGCAAUCAGGCUGUGACCGUCACGGUCUUCAACCCGAUCAAAUACGAACUCCAGUAUCCAUCCGUGUCAGCAGCAGGAAAGCAGCACUCGGAGUGGUCUCUCUUCGAUGGCGACUAUCGAGAAGGUAUGUUUUCUGCUGUUGGUGGACGUGUGGUGGAGAGUCUGCUCAAGAGCUUUGAGGACCCGGUUCUGAGUAAAUGGGUCAUUAUUGCUUUGGCCAUGAGUCUGGUGUUGAAUGGGUAUCUGUUCAAUGCAGCGAGGUGGAGUAUCAAGGAUCCGGAGCUCGAGCAGGCGAGGGCGCAGAGUGUGAGUGGCGAAAGUGUGCGACUUACGAGCUCGCAUGGGAGGCAGCUGAGCAUGAAUGGUACGGCGAGACCUCCUGUACUUGCCAUUGGAGAUGCGGAGGCUGUGACUGAUGGUGAUUUGGACGGAGCAGCUGUUCCUGGCCAGAAGAGGACGGUGGAGGAAUGUGAAGCCCUGCUCAAGGAGAAGAAAGCGCCCUUACUCCAUGAUCAGGAACUCAUCGACCUUUCCCUCCGCGGCAAAAUUCCUGGAUACGCUCUCGAGAAGACAUUAGAGGAUAAAACCCGCGCCGUGAAGAUCCGCCGAGCGCUCAUCUCUCGCACCCCAGGCGCACAAGCAUUCACAUCGAAGCUCGAGAAAUCGAAACUGCCAUACGAACACUUUGAUUACGACCGCGUCUUCGGCGCAUGCUGUGAGAAUGUGAUAGGCUAUAUGCCGCUCCCCGUCGGCGUUGCAGGACCCAUAACGAUAGAUGGGAAAUCCUAUUACCUCCCCAUGGCCACGACCGAAGGCGUGUUGGUAGCGAGUACGAGUCGCGGCUGCAAAGCCAUCAAUGCUGGUGGUGGAGCUGUCACAGUCCUCACAGGCGAUGGCAUGACCCGCGGUCCUUGCGUUGGUUUCGAGACACUUACCCGUGCUGCGGCUGCUAAAGUGUGGCUGGAUAGUGUAGACGGGCAACGAGUCAUGAAGGAGGCUUUCAACAGCACAUCGCGUUUCGCUCGGUUACAGACAUUGAAGUCCGCAAUCGCGGGCACAUACGUGUAUAUCCGCUUCAAGACCACGACGGGUGACGCCAUGGGCAUGAACAUGAUCUCCAAAGGCGUCGAGAAUGCCCUGCGCGUCAUGCGCGAAGAAGCCGGUUUCGAGGACAUGGCCAUCAUCUCCGUCAGCGGCAACUACUGUACCGACAAGAAACCCGCGGCGAUCAACUGGAUCGACGGACGCGGGAAGAGUAUCGUCGCCGAAGCCAUCAUUCCCGGCGAGAUCGUACGGAGCGUGUUGAAGAGCAACGUCGAUGCGCUGGUCGAGCUGAAUAUCAGUAAGAAUUUCAUUGGGUCUGCUAUGGCGGGCUCAAUAGGCGGGUUCAAUGCCCAUGCGGCGAAUAUUGUCACGGCGAUGUUCUUGGCCACGGGCCAGGAUCCCGCGCAGAAUGUGGAGAGUUGUAAUUGUAUUACUGUGAUGAAGAAUUUGAAUGGCGCCCUACAGAUCUCCGUCUCCAUGCCUAGUAUUGAAGUCGGCACGAUCGGGGGCGGGACGGUCCUGGAACCGCAGGCAGCUAUGCUUGAUCUCCUCGGUGUCCGUGGCGCCCAUCCGACUUCUCCUGGGGAAAACGCGAGACAGCUUGCUCGGGUUAUCGGGGCUGGUGUUCUUGCUGGUGAAUUGUCGUUGUGUUCGGCGUUGGCGGCGGGACAUUUGGUUAGGGCGCAUAUGGCGCAUAAUCGGUCUGCGGCUCCCACUGCUGCUCCGAGUAGGGCGGUGAGUCCGGGACGAGCACAGCCAGUUAAUCCGGCGGGUUUGGCUAUGACGAAUAUUGUUGAGAGGGCUGGGCGAGAGGCGAGGCGGUAG